CGCGGUUAUCACCUCGCUGCAGCCCAUCUGGCGAGGUGCCGCUCUUGGACUCUCGGGGCUGGUACUCUUUGCAAAUCUACCUCAAAAUGCUGGCUCUCCGGUCGGCACGUUUAUUGCGUGCUUCGCAACCGCUCACCAAGGUUCCUCGGCGAUGGAGCAACUCUAUAUCACAACGCCCUGGAUCGGACCGUGUCCGCUUUCCAGGUGCGAUCAAUAGCAAGUUUACCACCGACAUGGCCUUCAUCAACCCCGCCGAGAUGUCGAAUAUCCCUACCUACCGAGUCAUGGAUUCCGACGGUGUCCUGGUCGACAAGUCACGGAAGUCUAUCGAUGUGCCAAAGGAGGAAAUACUGUCGUGGUAUAAGAAUAUGUUGACUGUGAGUGUCAUGGACGUAAUAAUGUUCGAGGCGCAACGACAGGGUCGGCUGAGCUUCUACAUGGUAUCCGCCGGUGAAGAAGGAAUCAGCGUCGGCUCCGCCGCAGCCCUGACGCCAGACGAUGUGGUAUUCGCCCAGUACCGCGAAGCAGGCGUCUUCCAGCAACGAGGCUUCACUCUCAAAGACUUCAUGAGCCAACUCUUCGCCAACCGCUACGACAACAGCAAAGGCCGCAACAUGCCCGUCCACUAUGGAUGUAACUACCCCCGAACCCACACCAUCUCCUCCCCUCUCGCAACCCAAAUCCCCCAAGCCUCCGGAGCCGCCUACGCCUUGAAACUCCAAGCCCUCCAAAACCCCAACACCCCACCGCGCAUCGUAGCCUGCUACUUCGGCGAAGGCGCCGCCAGCGAAGGCGACUUCCACGCGGGUCUCAACAUCGCCGCGACCCGAUCCUGCCCCGUCGUCUUCAUCUGCCGCAACAACGGCUACGCCAUCUCCACACCCACCCUGGAACAAUACCGCGGUGACGGAAUCGCCAGCCGCGGCAUCGGCUACGGCAUCGACACCAUCCGCGUCGACGGCAACGACAUCUUCGCCGUCUACGAAGCCAUGCGCGAAGCGCGCCGCAUUGCCCUCCGAGACGGCGGCAAGCCCGUUCUCAUCGAAGCAAUGAGCUACCGCGUCUCUCACCACAGUACCAGUGACGAUAGCUUCGCGUACCGAGCCCGCGUCGAAGUCGAGGACUGGAAACGUCGCGAUAACCCUAUCAUCCGGCUCCGGAAAUGGUUGGAAAACGAAGGCCACUGGAACGAGGAUCUCGAGCGGGACACGCGGGAUCAGCUCCGGAAAGCCGUCCUCAAGGAAUUUGGGGAAGCGGAGCGGGAGAAGAAACCUCCUUUGCGGGAGGCGUUUGAGGGCGUAUACGAGGAAUUGACGGAGGAGGCGGAGGCACAGAAGAAAGAGCUGAAACGCAUUCUGGAGACGUAUCCGGAUGAAUACGAUCUGCAUCAGUUUGAGGAUGGUGUGAAUGGGCUAUAAAUAGAUUCCAACCGUGGUUGAAGAUACUUGGGUGUAAGUAGAGCUCACAGCCCGAUGGCUGAUGGUUUGUCAUGAGUUAUUGCGGUACUGGGUAGCCUCUGGUAUAAACGGAUAUAAUAUUUAUAAAUUUGCACGAGACUGCAUGGGACAAUACGCUAUCGCACAGUAUGGAUAAUGGCAGUCUCAAAUGCUAGACUCGGACAAGGAUGCCUCACAGCCUUGUAUUUGAGCAACCGUCAUACAAAUCUCUGGUGAUGCACCUAUACCCAGCGCUGUUAUAAUGGAUGUAUACUAUGAACCUAUUUCCAAGUCCAAAAGUCCAAUACGAUAUGCACCCGCUAGCAGUACUGUU